AAUGUGUGGUCAGGCCUAAAACAUAACUAACACCAGUAAAAACGUUGUUUUGGUUGGUUUCGUCGAGGUGCGUUAAGAUAAAUCGAGUCUACGUAAAAGAGUCGACGAGAAUAUGAAAAAGUAAAAUUCAGGCAGAUUUAUGGACACCGUUUUAAGGUCUUUUCACAACGGCACAUUUCCGGACGCAGUUUAAUGAAACCUGUAAUGACCUCAUCACAACAACAUUCCUCUGCAGCGUAAUAGACAUAAUUAUAAGAAUAAGAAUCAAUAAUGACACUUGCGGUGCACAAGUGAAACUAUAAAAGCUGAAUAGCCACUCCGGCUCGUGACCGCGGCUAUAGUGGAGCGGGACGUCGCUGUUGCGGAGCCCGGGAGCCUGGCGGUGUCGGUUUCCAUAGCCAUACCCGGACUGGUGGCGGACGGCAUGGCUUCGGGCAAAGGAGCAUCCAGGGGCCCAUCGCUGUGGGACAAUAUGCGCUUGCGCUUCAUCGUAUGUUUUCUGGGCGUCUUCGUGUGUUAUUUCUAUUAUGGAAUUUUGCAAGAAACCAUUACAAGAGGUGAUUAUGGCCACGGCGACCAAAAGGAGAAGUUUCGAUUUGCCAGGACGUUGGUGUUCAUCCAGUGCAUCAUUAACGCACUGUUUGCCAGGAUAUUGAUUCAGUUUUUCGAGGGUCCCAAGCCAGACUUCACCAGGAGCUGGCUGUACGGCCUUUGUUCCCUCUCCUAUGUGGGAGCCAUGGUGUCCAGUAACUCUGCCUUACAAUAUGUCAACUACCCCACACAGGUGCUGGGAAAAUCUUGCAAGCCAAUCCCAGUGAUGAUCUUGGGGGUGACCAUCUUGAGGAAGCGCUACCCGAUGGCCAAGUACUUGUGUGUGCUUCUGAUCGUGAGCGGGGUAGCGCUCUUUCUAUACAAGCCCAACAAGAGCUCAGCUGUGGCGGAGGACCACAUCUUUGGCUUCGGAGAGAUCCUCUUGCUAGUUUCUCUCACGCUGGAUGGCCUGACAGGUGUGGCUCAGGACCACAUGAGGACCCGCUUCCAAACCAGCGCCAACCACAUGAUGCUCAACAUCAAUCUGUGGUCCACGGUGCUCCUAGGACUGGUUGUGCUGUGGACCGGUGAGGUGUGGGACUUCCUGAGCUUUACUGAACGUUACCCGAGCAUCUUGUACAACAUCCUCCUGUUUGGAUUGACCAGCGCGUUGGGCCAGACGUUCAUCUUCAUGACGGUGGUUUACUUCGGACCUUUGACGUGCUCCAUCGUCACCACCACCAGGAAGUUUUUCACUAUCCUGGGCUCCGUCCUUCUCUUUGGGAAUCAAAUGAGCGACAUGCAGUGGGUCGGCACCAUCCUGGUGUUCCUUGGUCUUGGUUUGGACGCUAAAUUUGGCAAAGGACCCAAGAAGACGACACACUAAGACACCCAUCACGAGUCGGAACCUUCUUAUACGGGCCGCAACUUCUAUGACCUCAUUUUUAAUUCAUACAAACUGCUCAGUUUUAACGCAUUCAUCAAGGACAAAACACUUCAGCCUCUCCAAGUCACGAAUUGACCAAAAAAGGGCAUCAUGUUUCAGUAUCAUGUUCUAGGCCAAUAAUUACCCGUGUAAAUUGUCAUUUAUAAAGCAUAGGAGUCUUGGUUGAAUGUUUUUUUUUUUCUACAAAUGAUCGAAUACUUUCAUUAAAAGGGAAAUAGUCACCUUU